UCGCUUUGACACUCCACUGUAACAACAAAAACAUGAAUCGAAGUUAUUUUGUUUUUAGCAAAAUACAGUUAACAAGCAAUUCCAACUACAUUUUAUGAUAUAGAGCAUAGUUUGGUUGAAAAGUUUAUUAAACUCAAAUUAUUAAAAUACAUUGGUUUACUUUAUCAGCUUGUUGUUAUAUAUUGAUAUUUGUGACCUGACAAAAUGAGCUUAUUGAAGAACCCUGUUUGUCCAUUCGAGAAGCAAGAGGUGGUUUGCAAAAUAUGCGAGGGAAUCGAUGGCGCAAUGGAAUCGAUUUUCUGUGAACAAAAUGAUCAUCGACUGUUAAACAAGAUCUUCAAAUCGACCAACGUUAAGGUAGAACCAGUCUGUGGGAUCCUUUCGCCGAUUUGUGAGUUCUGUCGAACACGGAUUGAUCAGUUUGAUGAUGAUUUUAAACCUCACUGUAAAGAAUAUGUGGUUGAGAAGGUGGUUUCAACGGCUCCCGAUGAUGAUCCGUUCAACAGUUUGGAUCCUUGUCAAAUUGAUCAGGAUGAGGAGGAGAAAUACAGAUCAGAAAAGAAACAACUUAAGAAUGAACCUUUCGUUAAACAAGUUCCACUACCUUUGAAAUUCGACGAUGAAAAAGAUGAGCAGAUCAAUGUGCCAGAGAGUCUGGUUGAUGCGAUGGUCGAAUCAUUUGACAAUUCUGAUGGUUUAUUGAUCGAAAUGGAAUCGGAUCGCGAAAAUGAUCCUGAAAUCCAAGAUGAAGCAAAGGGUGAGGAAGACUCAUCUACAAAAGUGAUGAAAAAAAGAGGAAGAGGUCGACCGAGGUCAAGAUUUUCAUCGGAAGGAAUGAAACAGGCUGUUAAGUGUGAAAUUUGCGGUAAACUGGUGAUGUAUAUGAAGGAUCACAUGCGGAUGCACGAAAAGGAUAAAAAAUUCAAAUGCCCUCAUUGCGAUCGUUCGUUUUCACAAAGCAAUAAUCUAAUCUAUCAUAUCAGAAAGCAUACCGGGGAGAAACCGUUCCCUUGCGAUAAGUGCGACAAAAGCUUCAUUUGCAAAUCACACCUGCUUUCUCAUGCGCGAUCUCAUGAGAAUGAUAAACCUUUUCAAUGUGAAUUCUGCUCAAAACGCUUCAAUCAGGCUUGUAACUUGACUAAGCACUUGCGAGUACACAGUGGUGAAAAACCAUACAGCUGCAAGCAGUGCGGCAAGGCAUUUAUGAACCUGUCCAACAUGAAAGUUCAUGCGAAAAGGCACAGCGGUGAUCAGAACUAUACCUGCGAGAUAUGUUCGAAAAGCUUUUAUGAUAACUAUCACUUAGUGAGACAUAUGAUGGUGCACUCCAAGAAGAAGCACCUCAAAUGCGUACGUUGCUCAAAACAAUUCAACUCGAUUGAUGAACUCAAAUCGCACUCAACACAACACAAGGGACCUGAGGAAAUUAUAUGCUGUGAAAUUUGUAGUAAGCCCUUCAAUACUAUAUUCAAGCUAAAUUUACACAUGCGCGUCCACGAGCCAGCUGACAAAGAUUCGUUGAAAUGUAAAGUUUGUCUCAUGGAGUUCGAACGACAGGAUCAACUAGAACUUCAUCGUGUUCGGGUACACGGUGAACCAAAACAGCGACCGAAGGUGUCUCGAGAGAUUAUCAUCGACCCGGAAACGGCAAACAAGCAAUUGCAAGGACCUUUUCAAAAGCCAUACCAAUGCGAUGUUUGCUUCAAGUUAUUCAACCAAUCUUACAGUUUGAAAGUACAUUUGAAGACGCACAUAUCGGACGAUAAACUGCACACAUGUGACAAGUGUCCUCGAAUGUUUCGCCGAAGGGAUCACUUGGAAGCACAUCAACGCAGGGGGGAAUGCAUUGAAAGGACGGAAUCGAAACCGGUGGAAGCACCGGAGAACACAUCAAUUGAUUUGUCCCCUGAGGCAAUUUUGGACACGCAACAGAUAGUAUUUAAAUAUGAGAUUCAAAAUGCAUUAGACGACAAGAUCGGGGGCUCUUUUCGAUUGUUAAAUAGAUACAACUUGUGGUCAUUAACCAGCGAACAAGAAGCAACAAGAACGAGUGCAAACAGAAGAAGAUCAUUCUUGGAGAAGACACGCACACAAGUCCAACAAAAAUACUGCGAGGGCUUCGGAACACCGCACGGUCAUCACCAGGCGGCACCACCAUCAGCACCGGUGGAUUUCUUAACAGAACAGGUAAAACCAGUCUGUGGGAUCCUUUCGCCGAUUUGUGAGUUCUGUCGAACACGGAUUGAUCAGUUUGAUGAUGAUUUUAAACCUCACUGUAAAGAAUAUGUGGUUGAGAAGGUGGUUUCAACGGCUCCCGAUGAUGAUCCGUUCAAUAGUUUGGAUCCUUGUCAAAUUGAUCAGGAUGAGCAGGAGAAAUACAGAUCAGAAAAGAAACAACUUAAGAAUGAACCUUUCGUUAAACAAGUUCCACUACCUUUGAAAUUCGACGAUGAAAAAGAUGAGCAGAUCAAUGUGCCAGAGAGUCUGGUUGAUGCGAUGGUCGAAUCAUUUGACAAUUCUGAUGGUUUAUUGAUCGAAAUGGAAUCGGAUCGCGAAAAUGAUCCUGAAAUGCAAGAUGAAGCAAAGGGUGAGGAAGACUCAUCUGCAAAAGUGAUGAAAAAAAGAGGAAGAGGUCGACCGAGAUCAAGAUUUUCAUCGGAAGGAAUGAAACAGGCUGUUAAGUGUGAAAUUUGCGGUAAACUGGUGAUGUAUAUGAAGGAUCACAUGCGGAUGCACGAAAAGGAUAAAAAAUUCAAAUGCCCUCAUUGCGAUCGUUCGUUUUCACAAAGCAAUAAUCUAAUCUAUCAUAUCAGAAAGCAUACCGGGGAGAAACCGUUCCCUUGCGAUAAGUGCGACAAAAGCUUCAUUUGCAAAUCACACCUGCUUUCUCAUGCGCGAUCUCAUGAGAAUGAUAAACCUUUUCAAUGUGAAUUCUGCUCAAAACGCUUCAAUCAGGCUUGUAACUUGACUAAACACUUGCGAGUACACAGUGGUGAAAAACCAUACAGCUGCAAGCAGUGCGGCAAGGCAUUUAUGAACCUGUCCAACAUGAAAGUUCAUGCGAAAAGGCACAGCGGAGAUCAGAACUAUACCUGCGAGAUAUGUUCGAAAAGCUUUUAUGAUAACUAUCACUUAGUGAGACAUAUGAUGGUGCACUCCAAGAAGAAGCACCUCAAAUGCGUACGUUGCUCAAAACAAUUCAACUCGAUUGAUGAACUCAAAUCGCACUCAACACAACACAAGGGACCUGAGGAAAUUAUAUGCUGUGAAAUUUGUAGUAAGCCCUUCAAUACUAUAUUCAAGCUAAAUUUACACAUGCGCGUCCACGAGCCAGCUGACAAAGAUUCGUUGAAAUGUAAAGUUUGUCUCAUGGAGUUCGAACGACAGGAUCAACUAGAACUUCAUCGUGUUCGGGUACACGGUGAACCAAAACAGCGACCGAAGGUGUCUCGAGAGAUUAUCAUCGACCCAGAAACGGCGAACAAACAAUUGCAAGGACCUUUUCAAAAGCCAUACCAAUGCGAUGUUUGCUUCAAGUUAUUCAACCAAUCUUACAGUUUGAAAGUACAUUUGAAGACGCACAUAUCGGACGAUAAACUGCACACAUGUGACAAGUGUCCUCGAAUGUUUCGCCGAAGGGAUCACUUGGAAGCACAUCAACGCAGGGGGGAAUGCAUUGAAAGGACGGAAUCGAAACCGGUGGAAGCACCGGAGAACACAACAAUUGAUUUGUCCCCUGUGGCAGUUUUGGACACGCAACAGAUAGUAUUUAAAUAUGAGAUUCAAAAUGCGUAGCAGUUUGUUUUCCAUGUGGCAGAUGUUUGAAUAAAUAAUACAGUAUUGCUUUAAUAAUGAAAGCCAUUUUUAAUGGAUAGACUUCCUAGGAA